UCAUCGCUGACAUCAUCCUCUUCAUCGCUGACAUCAUCCUCUUCGUCGAUGACAUCAUCCUCGUCGGUCACCUCUACGUCGGGCGCCAUUCCUCCCAAACCGAAGAAGCCGCGAGGCCUGGAGCUGCCCUCCUCCCCCUCCCUCCCUCCCGGCCUCUCCCUGGACAAGGUGAACGCGGCCGUCAACAAUCUGCUGGCUCCGGGCUCGGCGACCAACACGCUCACCCCGACCGUCAUCACCUCCCACGCUCUGACCCCGGUUCUGUUGACGCCCAGCGCUCUGCCCUCCACCAUCCACUUCUGGAGCACACUCAGUCCCAUCGCACCGCGCUCACCUGCCAAGCUCUCCUUCCAG